GCACGCAAAUGAGGAGGCCAGCCGCCGCCGGGCCGUUGCUCCGCGGAGCUUCCCGGAUCCGAGCCCAGACGGCGUCGGCCGGGGCAGCCUGGGCGCCGCGACCCUCGGCGGCCACAGGGGGACGGGGAGGAGGAGGAAGAGGCGGAGGCAGCGGCGGCCAGGAGGAGGAGGGCUCGCUCGCCUGUUCCGACGCAGACAUGGUGGACUGAUCCCCGGCAGGGCUAAGAGCAGGGAUUCCGGAGGCUUCCCGGCGCGUGGCCCGCCGCGCCCCGCGCCCCGCACGCCCCUAGCCGGCACCCGCGUUCCCGCCGCACCCCGCGCCCGGUCCCUAUGGAGGCGCCGCUCGCCGGCGAGGCCGCCGACCAUGCCUAGGAGGGCCGGGAGCGGGCAGCUGCCGCUACCCCGGGGCUGGGAGGAGGCCAGGGACUACGACGGCAAGGUUUUCUACAUCGACCACAACACCAGGAGGACCAGCUGGAUCGACCCCCGGGACAGGCUAACGAAGCCCCUGUCCUUCGCUGACUGUGUCGGGGAUGAGCUGCCCUGGGGAUGGGAAGCAGGGUUUGACCCUCAGAUUGGUGCCUACUACAUCGACCACAUCAACAAAACCACACAGAUUGAAGAUCCGAGGAAACAGUGGCGGGGCGAGCAGGAGAAGAUGCUCAAAGACUAUCUCUCCGUGGCCCAGGAUGCACUCAGGACGCAGGAGGAGCUGUACCACGUGAAGGAACAGAGGCUGGCACUGGCCCUUGAUGAAUAUGUGAGGUUAAAUGAUGCCUACAAAGAAAAAUCAAGCUCUCACACAAGCCUCUUCUCAGGGUCUUCAUCUAGCACUAAAUACGAUCCUGAUAUUUUAAAAGCUGAGAUCUCCACCACGCGAUUGAGGGUUAAAAAGCUGAAAAGAGAACUCUCCCAGAUGAAGCAAGAACUUCUGUAUAAGCAGCAAGGCUUUGAAACGCUGCAACAAAUUGAUGAAAAGAUGUCUGGAGGCCAGAGUGGGUAUGAACUUAGUGAAGCCAAAGCCAUCCUGACAGAACUGAAGUCUAUCAGAAAAGCCAUCAGCUCAGGAGAAAAAGAAAAGCAAGACCUGAUGCAGAGUCUUGCCAAGCUGCAGGAGCGAUUUCAUUUGGAUCAGAACAUGGGCAGUUCCGAGCCGGAUCUGAGAUCUAGUCCUGUGAAUUCUCAUCUCUCUCUGUCCAGACAGACCCUUGACGCUGGAUCACAGACAAGCAUUUCUGGAGAUAUCGGGGUGCGAAGCAGGUCAAAUUUAGCUGAAAAGGUCAGGCUGAGUCUGCAGUAUGAAGAAGCCAAGAGAAGCAUGGCUAACUUGAAAAUUGAACUGUCAAAGUUGGAUGGAGAGGCCUGGCCUGGGGCCCUGGACAUCGAGAAGGAGAAGUUGAUGCUGAUUAACGAAAAAGAAGAACUUCUGAAGGAGCUACAGUUCAUCACCCCCCAGAAGCGCACGCAGGAUGAGCUGGAGCGCCUGGAAGCGGAGCGCCAGCGCCUGGAGCAGGAGCUGAUGGCCGUUCGGGGCUUGCCGAGCAGGGCUCUGGCCGAGAGGUUGAAAUUGGAAGAGAAAAGAAAAGAGCUGCUACAGAAACUUGAAGAAAGUACUAAGCUAACUUCUUACUUGUACUCACAACUUAAAAGCCUCUCCUCCAGCACACUGUCCAUGUCAUCUGGGAGCAGUCUGGGGUCCCUGGCCUCCAGUCGGGGCUCUCUGAACACCUCCAGCAGAGGGUCACUCAACUCCCUCAGUUCCAGUGAACUCUAUUACAGCAGCCAGGGCGACCAGAUGGACACAGACUAUCAGUAUAAACUGGACUUCCUUCUUCAAGAGAAGAGUGGCUACAUUCCUUCCGGACCCAUCACCACCAUCCACGAAAAUGAGGUGGUCAAGUCCCCCAGCCAGCCUGGCCAGAGUGGCCUCUGUGGGGUGGGAGUCACAGCCAGCAGCCAUACUCCCCCACUGACGGAGGCCUCCAAGUCAGUGACGUCCCUGUCCUCCAGGUCCUCUCUCUCCUCCUUGUCUCCUCCUGGCUCCCCUCUGGUCUUGGACAGUACAUUUCCAGGCUCUUCCCAUGACUCCUCUCCACACCAGUUCCCUGCUGACUUUGAGGACUGUGAGCUGAGUCGCCGCUUUGCUGACAUUGGCCUUGGUGAAAACCAGGUCUUACUGGAUUCAGACUCGGGAGGAGCAUCCCAGUCGCUCCUUGAGGAUAAAGGCCUGGGCGAAUGCCCUGGGGAGCUGCUGUGUGAGGGAGCAACAGAUGUGGAAAAGUCAUUACCCAAAAGAAGAGGACUCCAUCUUCGAGGAGACAAGACUGCUCGGGUGUCAGCCGCCGCAUCUGAUGAAUCUGUGGCUGGAGACAGCGGGGUCUACGAAGCCUCCAGGAAACAGCCUGGUGAAAUUGAAGACGUUCCCUACUGUGAAGAGGAUGUCACCAUUGUAGAGACUGCCCAGGUGCAGAUAGGACUCAGAUACGAUACAAAGAGUUCAAGUUUCAUGGUGAUUAUAGCACAACUCCGAAAUCUUCAUGCCUUCUUGAUACCUCAUUCUUCAAAAGUGUAUUUUAGGGUCGCUCUGCUUCCCUCCUCGGCGGAUGUCAGCUGUCUUUUUCGAACAAAAGUCCAUCCCCCUACAGAAUCUGUGCUGUACAAUGAUGUGUUCAGGGUGGCCAUUUCUCAGGCAGCCCUUCAACAGAAGACGCUCAGAGUCGAUCUCUGCUCCGUCAGCAAACACCGCAGGGAGGAAUGCCUGGCUGGGACACAGAUCAGCCUGGCGGAUUUACCAUUUUCCAAUGAGAUUUUCAUGCUGUGGUAUAAUUUGCUUCCUUCCAAGCAAAUGCCUUGCAAGAAGAAUGAAGAAGAAAGUGAGGGGCCUGGAGCUCAGUCAAAGCAGCCGACACUUGACCCUAUAGACUUGGAUGCCGUGUCAGCCUUACUUGCGAGAACUUCAGCUGAGCUGUUGGCUGUGGAACAAGAACUGGCCCAAGAGGAGGAGGAGGAGGAGGAGGAGGAGGAGGAGGAGGAGGGGGAGCUGAGGCCAGAGCAGCGGGGGCCAAGGGAAGACUGCUUAACGAUGCUAAGAGAGGCCUCUGACGAAACUGUGGCUGCAAGAGAGUCUGGGGUUCGCUUGGCACAGGGCAGUCGGCGCACAGAAGACCCAAGGCCAUGUGCUAGGGGGCCUGAGACAAGCCAAGACCAGUGUAGGAAGGAGCAUGCUGAAGACCCCGGGCAGCAUGCAGCUGGAGUUCCCACCCUGGUUGAUAAGGAGACGAAUACAGAUGAAGCAGUUGACAGCAAUAUGGCAGUUCGCCCUAAAGACCGUAGCAGCCUGAGCUCUCGACAGCAUCCAUUUGUGAGAAACAGCGUGAUAGUGCGUUCACAAACCUUCUCCCCAGGAGAGCGGAGUCAGUACAUCUGCAGGUUAAAUCGCAGUGACAGUGACAGCUCAACCUUGGCCAAAAAAUCCUUGUUUGUGAGAAACUCCACUGAGCGGCGCAGUUUGCGGGUCAAAAGGGCGGUUUGCCAGCCCAGCCUCAGGAGGACUGCUCAGGAAUGCCCCGUGCGUACAUCUCUGGACCUGGAGCUGGACCUGCAGGCCUCGCUGACCCGCCAGAGUCGCCUCAAUGACGAGCUGCAGGCCCUGAGAGGCUUACGGCAGAAGCUGGAGGAGCUGAAAGCUCAGGGAGAGACUGACCUUCCCCAAGGCGUAUUGGAGGACGAGAGGUUCCAGAAGCUUCUGAAGCAAGCAGAGAAGCAGGCUGAGCAGACAAAAGAAGAGCAGAAGCAAGACUUGAACGCAGAGAGGUUGAUGAGGCAGGUCUCCAAGGAUGUGUGCCGGCUGCGGGAGCAGAGCCAGAAGGAGCCUCGGCAGGUGCAGUCCUUCAGGGAGAAGAUCGCCUACUUUACUCGAGCAAAGAUCAGCAUCCCGUCCCUGCCGGCUGACGACGUGUGAUCCUAUGGCUUAACAGGCUUCCCAACUGCUCACUUUCCAAGGGAGGGUCAAAGACUGAAUGUUUGCUAUUUUUGGUUUUUUUUAUUUUUUGUUGGGGGUGGGUUCGUGUUUCCUGUAAUGUAACUUUCAACUCUUGAAGAGCUCUGUUUCACCCCGGUUUCAUCAGGUUAAUUUGUAAAGUACUUUGAAUGUAACUCUUACAUGCUUUGAGAAGAAAAAAAAUCACAUAACAAACCUGGGGUAAUCUGGUCCACAAGUGUUGUGCAGUGCAUGUGUUACCACUGGGCUUCACUGCAGGAUGGAGCACAGGGGGCACGUGCCCAGUGUCUGCCCCUGAACUAGACCACCCCUCCAUCCACAGGAACUCAAGCGAGCAUCUCUGAGCCCACCCGGAACACCUGCCCAGUUGCUUCCGUCGCUCACAUCUGACCACCUUGUUUCUGCAAAGCCAUUUCUUUCUGCCCUCUUAAACUUGUCUAGAGAAAACAAGCAUAUAAAAGCUGAGGGCUGGAAUAUGAGAAGCAGAGGUAUACUCCUGCUGUAAAGAGCUGCGGACAGAGGCGGAGAAGGGACGGGGCGGGGCGGGGCGGGGCGGGGCGGGGCGGGGCGGGGCGGGGCGGGGCGGGGCGGGGCGGGAGAGGCAGCUUUCAAAAACACUGAGGAAACUCAGCAAAGCCUGCCUGGCCGCUGCUUCUAUCUGUCUGAAUCUGCAGGGCUUCAUGUCGGCCUCUGGCCUGGCAAGGAGACCUGGUGGCCCUGGCCUCUGAUGAUAGUGCAGGAAGUGCAGAGGGGACACGCCCAUAUCCCUUAGAGGAGAGCUGAGGACAGGGCACAUCAUGAUAAGAUCAAACUUGCCAAACAUCAGGUUUCUACACUCACCAGAAAUUAUUUUGUAGCUGUCAUCUUUGAGAGAUUCUGUCAGGGAUGCAUAAGAAGUAGUUGGAUGCAGAAACAAAGGAUGUGGCUGAGGACUCAGUGUGGAUUGAAUCAUUUUAUAUAUAUAUUUAUAUAUAUAUAUAUAUAUAUAUACACAUAUAUAUGUAUACAUAUAUAUAAAUAUAUAAAUACAUAUAUAUAUAUACAUACACACACACACAUUCUGGAUGGACAGGCAAGCAUGACAUAGAAAUUGGUCAAAGUCCCAUAUUCUCCAGGCUAGGUUUUAACUUACCAGACCCCGGGCAAUCCUUUAAAUUUAAAGAAAAAAAAAAAAGACUCAGUUUAGCUUAACCAGCAUAAACGUGUUAAAAUAAAUACUUUUUUUAGGUAAUUUAAACCACACUCACAUACUCUGUCAUUACUGGAAGCAGCCGUGUUUUGGUGAGCCAUCUUAUAUAGCAAGCUAAAUUAUUUUUAUUUUUUUAAUGCAAAAUAAUUUUAUAGGAAUUAAUAGAAGAAAGGCAAGAAAAAAAUCUGUUUAAAAAAAAGUUAUGUUCUGCUGGAAUCCCCACUAGUAAGGAUUUUUAUUUUCUUGAAUCUAUGUAUAUUUUAGUUCAUUUUUAUCAGAAUCAAAGUUAAUACUCAGCCAGAAUUUCAUUUAUCUAGUGACUGCACCUAAAGUGUAAUCAUUUCCCCCUAAAUGUUCCACAGCUUCUAUCCAACUUCUCAGAAGAUAUAACUGGACAGGACACAACUUGGAACUAAGAGAAGCCUGGCAUCGGGCUGAGCACAGACCUCCCAUGCUGCCCAGUACCCUGUGGGCGACCAGAGGAAGGGGCAUGCCCUCCGUCCAUCCUUCCCGCAGGGUCAAAUGGAGCAGCAGAGGUCGAUUUAAUAUAGCUCUAAAUGCAGGUCAGCUGGCUUCAGCAGCAUAGCUUGACCAGUGAAAAUGUUCAUAGAAUUGUGUGUAGUUGUACCGUACGAUUUUGUUUUCUCCAUUUAUUUAUUUACGGUCUUAUUUAUGUUCUGUUUAAUAUAUAGUUUGGUUCUGGCCAUCUUAAAUGUUGGGCUUACAAGAGGCUAUAUUGAAGUAUUUACAACUAUGUGAUCUUCAUCAGAUUUAUCGCUAACUUUUUGUAAUACAAAAAGUAUCAGACUACGAGUAUUAAAGAAUAAAGUGCGCCUCAGGCUGGUAGUUGAGAGUUGUGACUGAGGGACUGUGGUUUUAUUUUAUAAAACAUGCUCGUUUCUAACAGGAGAGAAACUGUUCGUUCUGAUAGAACCCUUUCUCCACACUAAAAGUCAGCAAUAGUGUUGUGAACUUACAGGCAGCUUUUUGUAGGUCUGUCACAUUUGUAUUGACCCAAAUGAUUAAAAAAAAAAAUUACUAACUUGAUCACAAAACCAUAUGGAUGAAUAAAAAUUUUAAUAUUAUUAAAAAAUAUUUUUAAACUUAGAAUUUAUUCUGCACAGGGUAAAAAGAGUUUAAUAUUUAGCUCUCAAGUUUGGAUUAUCAGUAUAUUACAAUUUUGUCUAUCAGACUCAAGUGUUACAGGUACAAAAAGAAUAUUAACUUGCCAAAUGAACAACGUUUAGCUGAGUCUCUGUACCAUACAAAUUAAAUACAUUUAAACUCUUUUUUGCUAUGUAUUUAUAUUGUAUUAAAUAUGAGAAGCUCAGGACUGAACUGAAUAUUUAAUCAGGUUAAAUUCUGAAUAUGUUUCUGUUUUCAUUUGUCCUGUUUGUAAAAGUGUGCGAAUAUAUCACCCAGAUCAACUCCCACUGCUACACUUGUUGUGUAUCUGUGGAUGGAAAAAUUUAGUGUUUUUUUUUUUUAAAAAACAAAGAAUACAUAUUUCCUAAUACUGUAUUUUAAUGUUGCUUACUGUUCAGUUAACUUCCCUGAUUGGCACAUGUACAAGAAUCUACUUGAACCAUGUAUCAAGCAAAUAUAAAACGUUCCAUGAAGAAUUCCUCAAA